UUUGAACUUUAUAUUCCGGCAGGGAAUAAUUCACAAGAUAAUUGUCAAAAUAAAUUCAUUAUUGACAAAGAUUCUCUUGAUUUAUUCUACGUUCCAAAGGAUAUUUUUGCACCUUUACCUGCACAUUCUCAACUAAAAAACGAACCGCAGUCGGUCUUGCAAUCAAAUAAUUCUAAAGCAAAAGGACAAAUCAGAUCUAAAUCCAGAUCUUUAGAUCUUUCAAAGCCUGCUUCAAGCCAAGUGCCUUCAGUUCCACCAACCCCGAUCUCUAAAUAUAAUAGUUCUGAUAUAACAGAUUCUCCAGGCUGGACAAUUGUUGGAAGACGAAAAUCAAUUGCUUCUACUUCUGCGGUACCUUCAACAAUAAUAACAACUAAACCAAAUUUUGAUAAAACUUACGAUUUUCGAUUUGGUAAGAUUGAAGUCGAGUGGUUUGAUAAUUCUGAAAUAAUUGAAGCUGAAUAUAUGGGUGAAAAUAUGAGCGAAAACCAGAAAAUCAAAUCGAGUAGUGAUAAAGCAGUAAUACCAGCAGGCGAAUUUGUUCCGCUUAAGUCUGGCAAAACAAAUCUUAGUUAUGGUAUGCUACAUUUAUAUCGUGAUCCGAGUGAAAUACUUUCAUCAAAAGAUGAUCAAGGUUUUAUUCGGGUUGAGAAGAAUGAUAAAAAUAAACAGAAUAGUUCUGGAUCAAAUCAAAAUUCUGCUGAAAAACAAGAGGACUUUCCUGGAAUAUUAAAUAAUGAAGAAACAAUAUUGGCCGUAUUGGCCGUGCCUUCUUUCAUGAGUGCUUCAGAUUUUUUGGCAUUUGUUGCACCAGUACAAAGAUUUCCUGAAAUAUGCCAUGUGGUCUACAUCAAAUCUAUCGAAUUCAAAUCUACUUCUAUUCCUCCCGACGCAUUCCCUUUUUUGCAUGAUCCUUUUAUACCCUCUACGCAAAACGACACAAUGAAAUCUAAUGAUCAAACUCAACAAUCCUCCGUUUUAUAUGAACUUCCAACCUGUCCUGUAUGCCUUGAAAGAAUGGAUGCAUCCGUAACUGG